AUGGAAAGGUUAAUUGAUAUUGUUAUUUGUUUAGCAAAAGGAGGUAGACCAUUUAGAGGCCAUGAUGAGAGUAAAAUCAGUAUUGCACGAGGACUGUUUUUAGAUUUAGUAGAUUUAGUGUCAAAGUAUGACCCUACUUUAAAAGAUCAUCUAACAAAUGGACCCCAAAAUGCUUUAUACACUAGUGGAAAAAUCCAAAACGACAUAAUUAUCAGCAUAAGCAACAUCAUAUUACGAAAAAUAUCACAUUCCGUCCAGAACAAAUUUGUUUCAAUAAUGGCUGACGAAACAAGUGAUUGUGGACACCAUGAACAAAUGGCAAUUGUUUUGGUAGAUGCUCAAGCUAUUUUCAAUGAGUUAAAAGUUGUUCUCUCCGUAUUGAAAGUAGAUUGGAAGAAUGUAUUAUCGGUUUGCUUUGAUGGCGCGGCAGCCAUGUCAGGAAGUGUAUCAGGAGUUCAGAUGAGGUGGGCUUGUCGCGCGGAAGCUGUUGCCGUGAUAAAAAUUAAUUAUUCAGCCAUCCUUAGAGCUCUUACUGAAAUUAUUGAAACAACUAAACAAAGUGAUGUUAAAGUUAAAGGAAUUGGUUUAUUACAUCAAGUAAAAUCUUUUAAUUUUAUAUUCGGGUUAACAAUGAUGCACCCAAUACUUCAAUUAAUUGUUAAAGUAAGUAAAUUGCUGCAAAGUCCUAAUAUUAAUCUGAUUAAUGCUAUGGCCAGCAUAAAGUCUCUUCGAGCAGCUUUUAUAAAUUUAAGAAAUGAGACAGAGUUUCUAAACAUUUUUAGUGAAGCAAAAAAUUUGUGCAUAGAACUAGAAAUAGAUAUUCCAUUAGUUAAAAAACGGAAGGUAUCAAGUCGCCUCGAUGAAUUUGCUAAAACAGAACAUUAUUAUGAAACUAAGGAAGAAGAAUUACGUAGUUUGUGUUUUUAUCAAAUGUUAGAUAAUAUGGUAACGUUAUUAGAUUUAAGAUUUCAACAAGAAACCAUCAAAAUUAUAAAUGCUGUGGGAAAUCUCUUAAAUCUAAAAUUAAAUAAAGAAGAAGCAGCUGUUUUAGAAGAAAAAUUCAAACUUUCUCAAGAUGAAUUAAUGGCAGAAAUAAGAUUGUUAAAAGCAGAUCAGACUGUACUAACUGGAAAUUCAGCAACAACAUUAAGUGGAUGGAUCCAGUGGAUGCAAGAAAAUGAAAAAUAUAAAAUUUACACGGCUUUUAAUGCAGCAAUUCAAAGUUUUUCUGUCAUCCCCGUGACAAGCUGCUCAUGUGAAAGAGCGUUUUCUAAACUGACUCACGUGAAAACGAAGUUAAGGUCAACUACGAAACAAGAUCGAUUGGAAUCACUCAUGUUAUUAUAUGUCGAACAAGAAUUAACGGCCAAUGUUGAAGCUUCUGAAGUUAUAGAAGAAUUUAAAAGUCCACCAGUAGAAACAAUGAUUGUUCCUGGUACUAGCAGUGUUAAAUCAAGCCAACCUACUCAAACACAAAGUAGCAUUAUGCAUUUUAUGCAAAAUAAGAAACCUAUGGCAGUCAGUAGAUCAAAACAAAUUGAUGAGCAGGUUACAAAAAUGAUUGUUAAAGGGUAA